AUGGAUAAUAAUGUACAGUGUGAUAUAUGUGGAAGUGUUUUUAAGGACAAGAGCAAGCUAAGGAAGCAUAUUGACAAGCAUAGGAAUCUUAAAUGCAACGUUUGUGGACGUAAUUAUCUUUCCUCGAACAAUUUAAAACAUCACCUAAAGUUACACUUUGAUAAGAACUAUUUUAUCAUUUGUGAUAUCUGUGGACGGUCUGUAAAUAAGUACAAGCUUAAGAGACACAUCGAAAGACAUGAUCCCAACAGUCGAGCUUCUAAAACUGAUCAGAAUAUGACUUAUUCAUGCAGAUUCUGUGGAUUGCUUUUUAAUAAAAUUAACAAUAGAACUAGUCAUGAAAAGCGAAUCCACAAAAGUAAAUCAGAUUUUGGAUUAGAAAAUUUCAAGUGUAAUGAUUGUUCUUCAGUAUUUAGGACGAAGGAGGAACUAAGAGAUCACAGCUUUAUUCACUUUUCAAAGAAAAUUCACUUCUGUGACUUUCCUGGAUGUAACAGAUAUUUUAAAAAAGGCAAGCUAGUCACGGUUCAUAAACGAUGUCAUUAUGAGCCUCAAUUUAAGUGCCUUGACUGUGGAUCACUCUUUGUUCAAAAGGCUGGACUUCAUAAGCACCAAAAAGGAAGAUGUCCAAUGAAGAAGGUUGUGGAACCACAAACUAAUGAAGAUCUCGAAAAAUUAGCCACUGUGGCAAAAGAACAAUUUAUUAAGCUUAAAGGUAGAAUAGCAAAGACUUCAAAUCAUGACAAAAUUAAUCAAAUUCUUAAAACAUCCAGUAAUGAGCUGGAAGCCGUUAAUAUUAAGAAUGAGAGGAUUGACAUGACACCAGAAGAUUGGCAGUAUGAAUUCCUUGACGAAGCAAUGCUGGAACUGACUAAAAUUGAAGAAUCCGAUCAUAUUUUUGCUGAAAGAUUAAGUCCAAAACAAGAUCCAGAAUGUAAAGAAACGGACUUGAAAACUGAAUCUGCUAAACUUAAAGAGCCAAAGACUGUUAUUAAAAGUAUUAAUUAUGUUAAAUUAAGAAGGCAAAAUGAUUUUAUCUGCGAUUUUUGCGGAUUGUCAAAUUUAAAGACUAAGAAUGAUCUUCAGAAGCACUUGUUAACCCAUAGAAAGGAAAUUGUUCGUAGAAAGUCUGUUUUAUAUCCAUGUGAGGAGUCAAACUGCACAGAAGCAUUCAGCAACAAGUCACUUUUGUCUCAACAUAAACGAGGAUUUCACCGCAUAAAAACCAUUGAAAGGAGAAAAUCAGAUCCAUUUAUAUGUGAUUAUUGCGGAAAAAAGUAUUUGGCAAGAAGCUCAAUUGUUACUCACUUGCUUGUGACUCAUAAAACUAUUGCUGAUUUUAAGUGUGACAAAUGCUGCAGAAAGUUUAAAUCUCAUGGAAAUUUAAUUCGUCAUCUAAGAGCUGUUCAUUUAGAGCAGAAGCAGUUUGGAUGUGAAAAGUGUGGAGCAAUGUUUAAGGAAAAAUAUCAGCUUGAAGUUCACGUCCAUAAUCAUGACGAACCAACUGAAUGCAAGUUAUGUGGCAAAAUGGUAUCAAACAUUAAAGUCCAUUUAAGACAUCAUGCAUCAAAAUCCAACAACACAAUAGUCAAGUGCCCAAUGUGUGAUAAAAUGAUUGGAAAGUAUCAACUGAUUCGUCAUAUUAAGGCAGUUCACGAAAAACAAUACCAAAGUGAUAGCAAUAAGAUUAAUUUAAAAGUUUAUACAUGCAAAGAUUGUGGCAAUUUCUUUAGUAGACGCCAGGAACUAAGGCAGCAUGAAUACAUUAAUCAUAGUCAAUCGAAAAUUUACGAAUGCAAUGUUUGUGGAAAUUUCUUUAAAAAAUUAAAAUUACUGAAUGUCCAUCGAUUUUCACAUCAGCCUUUGAACAUUGCAUGCGAGGUUUGCAACAAUGUUUAUGCACGGAAAGGAGCUUUGUGGAAGCAUCAGAAAAAACACCAUCCUGAAUUUUUGUUGAAGAAGCAAAAUUGA